AUGGCAGUUUGGUACAUGGAGAGAUGGGGCGUUCCCUCUAGCUCCAUUUGGCUUAAGUAUGGUAAUCUUGAUCCACAAUAUGAUCCAGACUCCGUGACUGUCGUUGCCAAUGAGGCUUCUUCAAUUUACUUUAUCACCCUGGUCAUCAUAUCACUGUUUAACCUACUCGCCACAUGUACCCGCCGUUUGAGCUUAUUUCAACAGCCGCCGAUUUUCAGCAAGGUUACUAAGAACUUGUUGCUCUUCCCUGCUAUAAUCUUCACAAUCGUGAUAGUCUUCAUCUUCUGUUAUGUUCCGGACUUCCAGAAAAGUAUCGCAACGACGCAGGUACCGGCUGAGCACUGGCUUCUUCCUGCAGCCCUUGGCUUGGGUCUCCUUGCUCUCAGCGAGGCCAGAAAAUACGCAAUCAAAGCUUGGCCGAGGGAUUAUUUGCUAGGGUCGCCUGGUGAUUGUCCCUGCCGGCAGUCCUCUCAGCUUCCUGAUUGGGCGGACUCGUGUCGACUUCACCUUGGGCAAAAAUGCCUGCAAGAUGCUGCAGAAGGCCCCAGAGAGAGAUAA